CCAUGGGUCGCUGGAAAAUCGCGCGUCUGUAAAUGAAACAUUCGCAGUUGAGAGCCCUGGCAGUACCGAAACGCCUGGAGACCGGCCAUUCGAACGUUUUCUUCAGUUACGGUUGGCAAAUGGUGGAUCUUGAGGUCAUUGUUCGUUCGGACGCGCUCGCCGACUGCCGUGCACUCGAGCGACACCGAGCGACGGCGAUCUUUCCCGAACAUGCUCGAACUCCGGCGAGCAGUGAACGAGGCGACGCGACGACGGCGAGAGACGCGAGUGAACACGAGCGAGCGACGUGGAGAGUGGUCGAGUGCGUCUCCGUGCCCGUGUUUUUUUUGAUAGUUUUAUAAUUCGCCCCGUCGCAGCAUCAUCACACGUUCCGUGGCGGCCCUAGCCGGAUUAUUGUCCGCGCGAUCGAGCGAACGAACGAACGAACGAACGAAAGGAGCAGCUACUCGCGGCGAGCGUAUUUGCGGUGAUAUACGGCUGACAGCACAUCACGGGGCGCAUCGACAUCGGGUGUGAGUGAAAGAAAGAGAAAGAAGGAGCGACGCAACGACACGACAACGCGGUGACGCAGAGUGGGAAAAGCGAUACGCAGUAAGGAUUCGCGGCGUGAAAGAGACAGAAAGGGACACACACUGACGUGUGCGGGCGUGUUUCUUGGAGACGUGCGCGCGCGCGCGCGCGCCAGACAAACGUUCGAGAACGUAUCGCGUCCCGAGCAGAAAACGUGGCAGCAUAACCGUACGCAUUCACCGGUCGCAUUCAGCGACAUUCAUGUGACGUGACGAGCCGAUACCAGUCGUGCCUGCCUGCGAGGAGGGAGACGACCCCGUGGAGUUGGACAAACGCCGCCAAGCCGGGCCAACGAGGUGGAAUCAUCGAGAUGCUCAAGUUCAUCAGGGGGAAGGGGCAGCAGCCGACGGCCGAGCGGCAGAAGCUGCAAAAGGAUCUCUUCGCUUUCCGAAAGACGGUGCAGCAUGGUUUUCCGAACAAGCCAACAGCUCUCGCCUGGGAUCCGAGUUUGCGUCUGAUGAUCAUCGGCACGGCAUCCGGCGCCAUCAAGGUUUUCGGAAGACCAGGUGUAGAAUUCUAUGGACAACAUUCCGUCGAAAGCGGUGAGAAUGCUGUCACGAAGAUCGUCGCACUGCCGAACGAGGGUCGCGUGGUGUCCUUGUGCGACGACAAUUCGCUGCACUUGUGGGAGAUCAAUGAAAGUUCCGUGGUGGAGACGAAGUCGCUGUCGUUGGAAGGCAAAUUGAAGAAGAUCUCCGCGAUGUGUCUUGAGUCGAGCGGCGAACAUCUCCUGCUGGGAACGGAAGGCGGCAACAUUUAUCUGCUGAACCUGAAGACCUUCGUCAUGCCGGACAAUAUUAUUUAUCAGGACGUCGUGAUGCAGAAUGUGCCGGAGGAUUACAAGAAAAACCCAGGAGCGGUUGAAGCCAUAGCCGAGCAGCCGGGACAUCCGGAUAAUAUUCUGAUUGGUUAUAAUCGUGGUUUGAUGGUGCUGUGGAACAAAGCUACUCCGGGAGCUCAACAGCUGAUGGGUUUAUUUUCGCGUGCGCAGACAUUCGUCUCCACGCAACAGCUGGAAUCGGUUCAUUGGAUCUCCGAGACUCGCUUCGUUUCGUCGCACAACGAUGGAUCCUACGCGUUUUGGAGUCCGGGCAGCGAUGCGGUGCCGGAGCCCACGACGCUUUAUGGGCCGUUCCCGUGCAAGGCGGUCACCAAGAUCCUCGUGUAUCCUACCGCGGAACACGGCGAGCUCGUUCUAUUCUCCGGUGGUAUGCAACGCGCCAGUUAUGGAGAUCGACACACGAUCACCGUCAUGACCAAGGACAAACAUUUAGUUUUCGACUUCACGUCCAAAGUGAUCGACUUCUUCACCGUAUUUCCCAAGGAGGAAGACUGCAACAAUGAGAACCCGAUCAGUCCGGAGGCGCUCGUAGUGUUGGCUGAAGAGGAACUGGUGGCUAUCGACUUGACCAACCCCGAAUGGAAGAUGAUGGCUCUACCCUAUCUAGUGUCUCUCCAUGCGAGUGCGGUGACCUGUUCUCAACACGUACCCAGUGUCCCGGAAGAGCUGUGGGAGACGGUUGUAGCGGCCGGUAAAGCACAAACGGAACAUCUCUAUUCGGAUAAAACAUGGCCGAUCGACGGCGGUGUUAUUCUCUGUCAGAAACCGGCGAACCCUGACAAGCCCAAGAGCCGAGAACUGCUGCUUACCGGCCACGAGGACGGUACCGUGAGGUUCUGGAACGCUUCCGACGUGCCUUUAACGCCUCUGUACAAGUACAACUCGUCGAUUUUGUUCACCGGCGAACACCUGGAUGUUUUGGAACAGCCGCCGGAGGACGACGAGGACGAGUGGCCGCCAUUCAAGAAAGUAGGGAUCUUCGAUCCGUAUUCAGACGACCCGCGGCUCGCGGUGAAGAAGGUGCUUCUCUGUCCAUUGUCGUCCACUUUGGUGAUCGCCGGCACGGCCGGCCACGUUAUCACCGCCACCGUAUCGUCGGAGCCGGUGAACAAGGAGAUUAAAAGUGUCACCAUGAACAUCGUCAACGAUCGGGAUGGCUUCGUGUGGAAGGGUCACGAUCACUUGCCGCCACGAACUACAAGCAUAUCUUUCGCGGUUGGCUUUCAGCCGCAGAGCCUCCUCCAGUUGUAUCCACCCGCCGCCGCCACGGCGUUGGCUUUGCAUAGUGAAUGGGGACUACUCGCGGCCGGCACGGCGCACGGACUUGCCGUUUUUGAUUAUACCAGAGGGAAGGCCGUCAGCGUCAAGUGCACGCUCAAUCCAAAUGAUCUCUCCGGAGCAGGCGACACGCCUAUCUCGCGCCGGAAAUCCUUCAAAAAAUCGCUCAGAGAAUCUUUCAGGAGAUUGAGAAAAGGACGUUCGCAGCGUCGAACGAAUACUAAUAGUCCUCCGCAAAAUACCGCGCCUGAGAAGAAAAAGGAUAGUCCUAGCGUCGCCUCUUCACCGAGUGGUGAUCUCUCACCGGGAGUGGAAUUGAAACCGGUGGAAAGACAAGUAGAAGCAAGACCUGUCGACGACGCUCUAGGUUCCAUGGUUCGGUGCUUAUAUUUUGCAAGAAGUUAUAUUAUUAGCUUACAAAAUACAACUCCCACUCUUUGGGCUGGCACUAACAACGGAACGGUGUAUGUGUUCACGUUGGCCAUACCAGCUGGCGUCAGAAGAACGGAAGAGGAUGUUAAUUGCACGCUGGGCAAGGAGAUACAGUUGAAGCAUCGAGCGCCCGUAAUCGCGAUCACGAUCCUUGAUGGAUCCAGCGUGCCGUUGCCGGAGCCGUACGAAGCCGAGAAAGGCGUUACGCCCGGACCCGACAUGACUUCCCCGCACAGAGUCGUGAUCGCCAGCGAGGAACAAUUCAAGAUAUUCAAUCUUCCGUCCUUGAAGCCGCAUUGCAAGUAUAAGCUGACUGCACACGAAGGAUCCAGAGUGCGUAAAACAGGUUUUGCCAAGUUCUCGUGUCCUGUUGAACCGACGGGAACUCAUGAAGAAACUUGCUUACUCUGUCUAACGAAUCUGGGCGACUGUCUGGUGCUGAGCAUACCAGAACUGAGGAGACAAUUGAACGCCGCAGCGAUCAAACGAGAGGACAUCAACGGCAUUUCUUCCUUAACAUUCACCAAGUCCGGAGAGGCGCUGUAUCUUCACUCGAGCUCGGAACUACAACGAAUUUCCUUGUCGGCCGCGAAAGUGACGAAAGCGCAUUGCGCUCUGAAUUUACCGCCGCACGCUAGAUCGUACACCGAAACAACUAAUAACGAGGUCUCGCAGGAGCAGGGUGUUGUCGAAGGCGCGCCUGAGACCGAAGGGGAGACUCAAGGAAGUCAACCGCCAACGGUUGUGAAUCGAGUUAUCACGGAGAAUGGCGUGGUGGGUUCCACUGGGGAAGAAGAAUCUCCGAAGGAACCGUCGCUGCGACCAGCCACGAGUAGUGUGGACGUAAACGGUGACGACGACCGACAAGAUUUAAGCUCCAUCGGAGAUAUCACGAUUGACAGUGUUAAAGAUCAUUUACUUAACAGUUCGCUUUUCAGAAACGCCACGUCUUCCGAGGAACUCCACAAUCGUUUGGCAGGGCUUAAAAUGGAAGUGACCUCACGAUCUUCCGAGAUAUCUACGCAGAAUCAGUCGUUAGUGGUGAAAACUACUACCGUGGUUACGCAGACUACAAAUAGCACGACCGCCAACGGCGAGGUUGAAACGAGUCAGGCGAACGAGACACAGCAUGUGAACAGCACUACGGUAGAGCGAGAGAUACGCAGCGGUAUCGAGACAACGACGACACACGCUACCAUCACUCUACCUCCGAACGUCGAGAUUAGUGCUGCGGACUUGGCCAACUUGGAGAUCACUACUACCACAGUGACCACCGAAGUGUCCAAGGCGCCGUUGGCUAGGCCAGAGGAAGUUGGAUCGUAGGCCUCUGUUCCAUAUCGUUUUUCUCUACGCUGACCAUGCAUCGAUUUUGCGCCCCGCAUAUGGAGCUACCAAUAACUAGUUAUUCUUACUUAAUAGGUAAACGUGUACACAGCGGCGACAUAGGUAGGAUUUAUAUACUGUAGGUUUAAAAGGACAAAAAAAGAAAAAUCUAAAUUUCUAUGCUGCAUUUUAGCUAGCAUUUGAUCACGACGACGACGAGAAGUGAUUAAUUUUUUAAUACGAACUUCAAGCAUUUUUCACAGAGACACAUCGGUCAUACAUACACGUAUUCUACUUGAGAAUAUUCUAAACUAAUAGCUUUCUCGAUUGGCGAAGAAUCGAUAGAUUUUUAAAGAGAAAUAGGCCUAGACAAGUGUUUGAUUUUUUGAUGAAUUAUGAAACAUGCAAAACAAAAAGAAGAUACGAGUUCUCUCGCUAUGACUUCUUUACAGGGAAAAAUUUUAAGAUCUUUUAUCACUGACAGGUUGAGAUAACGUAUAUGAUGAAGUUUUAUAAACUGCCGGGACGAAAUCACCAAUUUUACAGCGAAUCUGUCGUUUAUCGAUCUAUCGUUUUACACGGCCGUCUUUCAUGCCCGUUGAUUGAAUGAAAAACGAGCCUGGUGCAUGUGUGCGAUCAACAUAAUUGCGGAUUUAAAAAGAAGAAUAGGGGAAACAAGGGUCGUAGUUUGCUGAUAGAAGCAACAAUGAUGAAACAUCACAAAUCGUGAAUAAUAUGGCAGCCUUAAAUAUAUAUUAUAUGUGUAUUACUUUAUAUUUUUAAUUAUUAUAAAGAUGCGACUUAAGCCAUCCGCAGUAUUUGAAACGUUCCGAGCCUCCUGCGAGCUACGUAAGGCUACGCAGGCGUAAAAAUGCGACCGGCGCAGGAGACGACGGCAGGAGACGGUCGGAACGACACAAAAAGAUAUAGCUACUUAAGUAGAAUUACACAAAGUACGAACAAGUAAGGAGAUUAAGCGUGGUAAACUUAAGGGAAGUGUCUGUCGAUGGCCAUGACGUAGGGAGAACGCGUUGAAAAUAUAUUUUUUAUCGAUGUUGCUUAAUCGUUAAGUUUCGUUCUUCUCGUUCAAGGAAACGAGAAGCGUAUAACCGAAUCUUCGGGAUCUUCUUUCCUCGAUUGCUCGGGUGCGCUUAACGUAUCGAUAUAGUUUAUCGUAUUGCAUUUACCCGCAAUUCCUCGUUUCUCAUUAGACAGAGAGAGAGAGAAUAACCGCAUGGAUAGACCUUAGCAGAAGCAAUGUGCUAUGCAAAACGCAUUUUUUAGCCUCGAUGCAUUAUGAAUUUUUGCGAACAUACACAUACACACACACAUCCACCCCCAACAUAUCGUUUUGUAUCGAUAUCUCUCGCGUAGCUUUGUUUCGCAAACACGAAUAAUAUUGAUUAUACCGAGUAUCUUAUUAUCUUUGAUCUCAGUAGAAUUGUCUUGAAAGAGAGAGAGAGAGAGAGAGAGAGAAUGAUAGAGCUCCCACGCUACGUUUGAAAACUGCAUUUUUUACUCGGAGAGCACGGUCCAACCAUAUACGUUCAUAAUCUCGCGACACUGUUGUACAAACGCGAAUCCGAAGUGUGCGACAGACUGACAGGAGGUGAGGUGGUCACGACCUCCUAGCCGAUCGCAUUUUUUAACUUUCUCCUUUUAACAAUACAUAAGCAACCCAAAUGAAAGUUUUACGAUGGUUUCGAUUUUAAUGAAGACGUGUACCCCUGGUAGGUAAAGCUAUAGCGGUAUAGUUAUCAAUUAUUCUGAUUAUAAUUUUAAUGUGACAUUUGGGUCACUUUGUAGAUAAGUUUUAAUCUCCUACAUAAUUUCAUAAUCACUUUUAUUCGCUGUUCUUCAGUGAUUUUAUACUCCGAAAAGCAUAAUGUAUCAAUCGUCAUAUCUCGCACAUGCGUGUCUGUGCCGAUGGGAGAAGAAACAAAAAUUUGCGCGACACGAGAAUGCAUAAGUGACUUCGCUUCACUUACCGCUGCUGAUCAUAAAACGCGUAUAUUAACGACAGUCUUUCGUUUUUAUGAAAUCGACGCCAAGUUCGCUAAAGUAUAUGUGCACUCGUAAUAUUGUAAAUUGUUUUUUACUUUGAUAAAGCGAUGUAUAGUGUACACAGAAGACAUUGAUAAAACACUGCCCCCUCCUGCCCCCCGAAGAACUUUUUCCUAUCUGAUACUGUUAAAUAUCGAUUAUAACAUCUUAUUAUAUUUGAACGCCUAUUACGAAAAAAAAUAUAUAUAUGAAUAAUUGAUGUAUUUUCUAUUUCAAA